UAAUUGAACGAAUUGGGUGUGUGCGUCGGUACCUAGCUGCUUCACGUAAUUUGUUCGUGCAGUGGAAAACCAAAGCGAUAGAAAAAUAAAAGUUUUUAUCGUGCAAAUUAACAAAAAAUAGGCGCUACGACAAAUAUAAAAAUUCGUUGACGUAUGCAGUAUAGUUGCAAAUACACCUACAGAAAGAAAGAAGUGUACGUGAGCGUCUUGUUUGAUUUGCUGUGAAUGUGUACGUGCGUGUAUGUAUGUAUGUGUUAACAUGCAUAGUAAACAAAAAAGAAAAGAAUACGCGAGACCAAUUAAACAAAUAUUUGAAUGCAAUCAACAUAAAGCUUUGAUUAAUAUAAAGUGUAUCAUUUCAAAUAUUGAAACAAGUGUUGCCCGCUGUUGUCUAAUGUCGAUUUAAAUAAAAUUUAGCACGCUGAUACACACAACCAAAGGCAAAACGAGAUUUUUGCAAGCCGCAAUUUGUGCUUGUGUUUACGUGUGUGUGUGCUUAGUGUGCUGUAUACAUUCAUAUAUACAUACAUAUGUACACUGUGCUCUUGCAAUCGCUGUUUGCGUUUUUCGUUUGUAUGUGUUUGUUUUGCAACAACAAAAGAAACAUCAGUAAGCAACUUAACAGUGAGCUGUAUUUCUACGCAUUUGACACUUUAAAUAAGCAAAUAUUUAGUGUGACCGCAUACAAUUCACUUGCAGCUUGUUUUCGUUCGUAUUUUCGGAUUGCACACUGUCCCAGCAAUUGUGCGAUUGCGAUUGCCAUUGUGGGUGUGUGUUGUGAAUGCGUGUGUAAGAGAGCGAAACAUCAAAAUUGAAAAAAAUUUUCGCCCCGUUUGUUUGUGAUUUCUAAUAACAAUACUCGACAUCAAGUGAAAGUGUAAAAGUUAAAAAAAUUGUAACAUUUAACAGCCAACAGCGUCUAAAACUGCAAAAGAGGAAAAUCAUAAACAACUGUUGAAAUAUUGCACAAACUUUGGAUUACCCUGCACAACCAGGAAUUAAUACUCGUUGCUUGCAACUGUUGCAAAUCUAAAGUUAAUUCGAAACUAUGCUAAUUUUACAAACCUGCUCGAAGCAUUCGGCAAGGGAAUGACUUAAAAACUAUAUAUUCCAUUCAUAUUGUUCAUACUCGAAAAGAAAGUAUAUUAAUUUACGGUACAACACCCCAUUGAGCGACAACAGGCCACAAUGGGGCUAAUUAUACAAGAGAUGAAAUCACAUCCGAGGCACUAAAGGAACUGACUCAAUCAAAGUCUGAAGGCUGAAACACUCUUGCUGUGAACACUGAACGUUGAGACUCUCAAGACUUCCUUCCCACUUUCAGCACUUAAAAUCUAUCCAAAAUGAACUCCGUCAUCUCAGCAUUUAAGACCAAGAAGAGCAACGCGGCCAGCCCCACGGCCGUGGCACCCGCCUCCAAUGUUGCCACAGCGGACGGUAAGGUUGGCCUGACUAUAGCCAGCGCCGGCGGCGGGAACAGAAAGAAGCCAGUGGUCCAGGACAAUGGCUAUCAGUAUCUCCGGCAAAUCCGUGAAAUUGAGACGGCCAACAAGCUGCUCUCGCCCGUGGUCGCCGUUGCCGCCGAUGAUCUGAACAGCGGCGAUAAGCUGCACUUCCGUCCAGCCACUGAUGCAGCUAUCGUGGGCGCCGACGUCGUCGACCACUGUCCACCCGCCAUGGUGCGGCUGUCGUGUGUGGAUGCAAAGUCUGAUUACAACAUGAACGGCAAGGGGAAUAGCACACCGAGUAAUCACAGCAUGAAGCUGGCCGAGAAUGGCAACAUGGACAUUUACGCCUUGGGCUGCGAUCAACACAGUCCACCGCUGCCGGAUGACGAUGACAAUUCCGAGCAUUCGACAGCCGCUUGCAACAGCACCAGCAGCUCCAGCGACCACAGCAACAGCACCGUGGUGCAGAGUCCAACAGUCGUAGUCCAGCCCAAUCCGCAGACCAGCAGUCCCAAUCUGGGCAGAGAUUGCAGCUUGAGCAGCUUGUCGGUUAAUGGCGAGCCGCACUCAGCAUCGAGCACCACACUCUCCUCCUUGAAUUUGGAGGAGCCCCUUGUUGAGUGCAGCUCGGAGAGUGAGAAUGGAUGCCAGCCGCCGCUCGGCUCGCCAGUCCUAACAAAAGCUCAUGACGAUUAUGUGCCCGCGUUUCUGAAAGCCCCGCCCAUUACCUUGCCGCUGAGCGUAGCCGCCUGCAGCCUCUCCACCGGCUCAACGCCAACCAUCAGCUCGGCAGCGAGCACACCCAAGCACGUGCGCUACGCCAAGCCACGUCUGAGCCUCAGCCGGGGAUUCAAUCAGUCUAUGCCCUCCGUGCAUGGUCGCCCCAAUCUGAGCUUGGCCCCAACUGGCGCUGGACUCAAUGGCACCCAAACGGGCGGCUUACCACCGAAGCGGAUUUCAACGCAUCAAAGAAACUUGAGUUUGGAUUUUAGAUCGAUGGGCAUAAUGCUGCCACCUGUUUCUCAAGUGACCAACACUCGCAUAAAUCACACACAACAUCAUCGCAAUCGAAGUCUCGACAGUGCCUUGCAGCGCAUACCAGAGGUCGAGAUCUCCUCGCCCAAUGCCGAGAGUGAGACUACAUUUUGUUCACCAACAACAAUACUCAGCACGAAUAUGUGCUCGAGAAUCGCAACAACAGCGGCCAGUGUAACGGCCGCACUUGCCACAUCCCCCCCAAUGCCAGCCCUAACGAUUGCCCAAUGCAAUGAUGCAGCGUCUGGGUCCGGAACAGUUAUUACUGACCGGCCGGUCACGGACACGCCCACAUCUGCAGUCACAGUCCAUGCGCAACGGAAUCAACCUGUGCCCAAUGGAGUUAUUGAAUCCUGUCCAACAUUGCGAUCACGACCCAAGUCGAAUGAGCUGGGGACCUUGGGCGCCCAGGAUAUGGUCGAUGGGAAUGCUGGAAGCAGCAAUAGCUGCAGCAGAGCUGGUAGCUACAAAAAGCGUGAGGAUCUAACUAGCCUCGGCUCGGAUGAUUCCGGUAUUAUAUGUGGCUCAGAGUCAGACCAGAUAUCCCUAAAUCGCAUCUGCCAUUCCCAUGAGUCUCUUGAUUCGGGUGAAAUGGAUGCCGAUGCGGACGCAGAAGCAGAUGCCGAGGAGGAAUGCAUAGACAUGUUGGACACGACGUCUAUGGACGAGGACUACAAUCUAAUGGAAUCGGACCUUUACUUCUUUCCGUCGCAUGCCGCCAACGACUUCGACUGCCGUACAUUGCGACCCUCGCGCAAGCAAAAGCAGCAAAAGCGAGAAGAAGCCAAGCAGGCAGCACAACAACAACAACAGCAGCAGCAGCAGCAGGAUCAGGAACAGCGUGAUGAGGUCGAUCAUAUACGUUAUCGUGUAAUGAACAUGUGCGUGGGCGUGGUGCCCGACGAGCCAUCGAGGGUCGAGCUUGAGAAUGAGCCCGAUGCAUUGCCCACACCACACACACUGUCCAACAACAAUGUGACAGCAGCAGCAGCCGUAGCUACAACAACACCCACAGCCACACCAGCAGGAACACCCACACCUGUGGCCACGCCCACUGAGAGUGCCAAGAACGAUCAAGUGCUCUUCAAGAACUUUUUCGGCGCCACUAAGAAUGCAAUUUUCCGCACCGCUCAAAGCAUAAUUGAGAACCAUGAGAAAAAAAAUGCGGCCAAGCAGAAAACUGGUGAGCAACAAGACGUCUUAAAGGUGAAAGCUUUGACGAAUACAGCGCCACAUAAUGUUGAGCAAGUAGCGCAGGAUCUGGUCAAGUCCCCCACGGAUAUUUCCAAAAAGAAGGAGUUCUUCAGCCUGCUCAGCUCCAAUUCCAGCAAGAAGGCUGCUGCUGCCGCUGCAGCAGCAGUUGCUAGUACAACAACAACUCCCACAACCUCAUCCACAGCCGAUGUGCCCACAGAGGCUGCCACAGAUGUGAAGAUGAAGGAGCUCACCUUGAAUCUGCGUCUGCCCGGCGCAGAGACUGAAGUCGGUCACGAUGUCACGAUGCGGAAGAGCUCCUCCAUCAGUUCUCUGCACCAACUGAAGAUGCCAGUGCCUGGCGUUGUGAAGUAUUUCAUCAGCGACCGAGCGCCCACUACGUGUCCCCAGCAAAAUUAUGAGCGAGGUCCCAGCGGGCUAUUGCGAUUUUUCGAAUCGCCCGUAUUUAAUAUUCACUUUGCUGUCCACUACUUGUUCUACUCGAAGGAGCCGGGCGUUCUGAGUUUUAUUGGCAAUAAGAUCUUCAGUUUCCCCGACCAGGAAGUAGAUCUCUAUAUACCGCAGCUGAUAUUAAUGUACAUUCAAAUGGACGAACUGGCCGAAGUUCUAGAUCCAUAUCUCACCAUACGCUGCCGGAAGUCCGUUGACUUUUCCCUAAAGUGCUUCUGGCUGCUGGAGGCGUACAACUAUCAAGUGGACUCACUGGGCAACGGAAGCACCAGUCGGAAGUCCAAGCUGGCGCUAAUGAAAGAGAUAUUUCCCAAGAAGGAGAGCAAACAACCAGCGAGGCCCGAUAGCAUACAGACCCCAGCCGUUGCUCUCGCAAAGAAAACUCAUCAUCGCUCUCAGUCAGAUGCCACAGUGCUGCUCGCCGACUCACGCAGCCCCCACACGCUCAGCAUAUCGCAUAGGAUGUACCAACAGCCGCCGUACACCACGCAAACGCUGCCCACAGCUCCUGCGAAACUCUUCCUCGGCGAUCUGACCUCGGGAUUGGCAUUCGACAAUGGCUGCACUUGCUUCGAGACAGUCCGUGGGCAGGUGAACGGACUGCUAGGACAGCGUACACUCUGCAAUUGCGGUGCACCCAAGACAGCACCGCAAAAGGAGUUCAUGAAGGCCCUCAUGAAUGUGGGAAAGAAUCUAAUCUCGCUGCCUUCAAAGGCGGAGAAGACGUCGGCCCUGCGAAUGUUCCUUAACCUGAUAAAUAAAAACUUGCCCGCCCGUGUCUGGCUGCCGCUCUACUCGGAUACUCCACACCAUGUCGUGCGCAUCACAGAGGAAAAGACUGCAGUGCUAAACUCCAAGGACAAAACCCCGUACAUCAUAUACGUGGAAGUAGUAGAAGUGCCAGAUAUUUACACUUCGCCACUGAUACCCAAGCUAAUGCCAUCACUGCGGCACACCAAGAGCGAAGAACACUUGGAGGGCACUUGCCUGAAUACGCACCAGGGCUGCAGCCGGACCUCCACCUGUAGUAGCACUCAUCAUGGAUCCAGUUGUCGACGCAAAAAAGAUACGGAAUCGCAUGCAGAAAACGGAUGUGGUGAGCCGGCCAGUAACAAUUGUUGCAGCGGUAACAACAGCCGCUUGCUCUCACUGGGUGGUCUCCAGGUCCACGAGGAUGAUGUGUGGUCUCAGGAAGAUGACCAGAUCACCGCGCAAUAUCUAUACAUGAGCAAGGUCAGUGAACGCGACGCCAUCUCCCAGAUGUCAAUGGACUCGUGCGACUCCAGAGAUCAAGGUCCCCCAAUUGUCUUUAAUAUUGGCGAUGUACGCACGCGACACUGCAACAAUUUGAACUGCGAGAACACAAAGUCGUUCAGCAAUGAUCCGGAGGAUCCAUCCGCGGCUGCAUUAAAGGAGCCUUGGCAUGAAAAGGAGAAACUCAUUCGGGAAUCCUCCCCGUACGGUCAUCUAUCUAACUGGCGUCUGUUGUCUGCUAUUGUGAAGUGUGGAGAUGAUUUGCGCCAAGAACUGAUGGCAACGCAACUCCUGCAGAUGUUUAAGAUCAUCUGGGAGGAGGAGCAUGUCGAUCUAUGGGUGCGGUCAUAUAAAAUAAUAUGCCUCUCGAAUGACAGUGGUUUGAUUGAGCCUAUUCUGAACACCGUGUCGUUGCAUCAAAUCAAAAAGAACUCAAACAAAUCUUUGCGCGAUUACUUUAUCGAUGAAUAUGGACCUCCAACUGGCGAACGUUUUCGUCAAGCCCAAAAGAAUUUCGUGCAGAGCUGUGCGGCUUAUUGCCUUAUAUCCUACCUGCUGCAAGUUAAGGACAGGCACAAUGGCAAUAUACUCUUUCAUGCGGAUGGUCAUAUAAUACAUAUAGACUUCGGAUUCAUACUAAGCAUAUCUCCCAAAAAUUUGGGCUUUGAGCAAUCACCAUUUAAACUUACACACGAAUUUGUCGAUGUUAUGGGCGGAACCGGGUCAGAACAUUGGCGGGAGUUUAAUCGUUUACUGCUCGUCGGCAUGAUGUCUGCGCGCAAACACAUGGAUCGCAUUAUAAAUUUUGUGGAAAUUAUGCGCAGCAAUGCACAGCUGCCGUGCUUCAAGAAUGGCUGCUCCGGCACCGUACAGAAUCUCCGUAAACGUUUUCAUAUGAAUUUAACUGAGCAGGAAAUGGAACGCAAGGUGGAACAACUUGUGCAGGACUCUCUGAAAAGUUUAUCGACCAAGCUUUACGAUGGGUAUCAAUAUUAUACGAAUGGCAUAUUGUGAGAACGGUUUUUUAUGAAAAUCUAAGCUUAUGAAUUGAUUAAUAAUCUUGUGUUCUAAAAUGCCGAUCUGAUAAACCAAAAGUAUGUUUAAAAAAUUUUAUAUAUAUGUAUAUAAAAACAAACAACAACUGUUAUUGUAGCCAGAAUCGUUAAUAAUGCGUUGUGGUAAUGUUAUUAUUCUAUUAUAUUAUGUUAGGCCAAAGUGAAUGUUGUCUAGCUUUUAAGCAAAAGUGUAAAUGUCAUUGACUGUAUUCGUCUGUCAGCCGUGUUUCGGUCUUGCAUUGCAUUGCAUUUCAUAAAGAAAACAUACAUGAUAAUCAUCGACUUGUAUAUAUUUAAGAUCUUAUGACUGUAAUUAGAAAAUAUUGUAAGUCGCCACGCAAACUAAUUUUAAAAGAAACUAUUACAUCUGCACAAUAUAAUUCAUUCGCUCUACUACUCACAUAAUUAUGCAGCAAAUUUACUAUUCGUAUAUAUGAGUAAUUAAAAAUUGAAAUUCCAACAUUAAUCGGGUUUUUAAUCAUAAUUGAAUCAACUUAAUACUUUCCAACAAUACAGACAUCAAUUUAUUUAUAAAGAAACAAAAAUAAAUAUAUAGUAUAAUGGGAUUUAAAUAUUCUUUCGCUUUUGCCCUCCAAAUUCCGCAUAUGUGUAAAUGUUCUAUAUAGAUUUAUAUAUACACGUAGUUAAUCGAAACAUUUUUCUUACUUUAUAGUAACUAAGCGAUACGAAAGCAAAAAUCAAAUUAAAUUCAACUAAACUUAAAAACAUAGUUAGGCACUCAAAGUGUUUAUUUCAAUCUUGUGUAUGUCAACACACAAUUAUACAGUACUCAUAUGUAUGGCUUAAAUAAUACAGACUACUUGUAUGAUAAUUAUAAUUACCUAAUAUAAA